AUGCAAUUGUUCAGUGAUACACAUUCUUUGGUCGAAUUCAAGAAUAUUAAGUGUGAAUCGGUGGAUAAGGAUUUUUGCACUUUUGACUAUUGCCAUUUGAAGUCUGUGAACCGGACAUAUAAAUACUUUUCCCUUAGAGUCAAAUUGUUAAAGCUUCCUGUCACCAAUGCUAAGGUAAAUGGUGCACUUUACCAACGACUCAACGGAUACAAGCCAUUUCUCUACAAUAUAACAGUGGAUGCCUGUAAAUUCUUCAAGAAUCAAAAGUCCAAUCCCAUUGCUGGUUUCUUUUACGAUUCAUUUAAGGAAUUUUCCAACUUAAAUCAUUCUUGUCCCUACAGUCAUGACCUUGUGCUGGAAAAAUUAACUGCAUCAUCGGUAAAUCAUCGAGUGACUAAUAUUUUACCUUUUCCGGAGGGAGAGUAUAUGGUACAUUUGAACUGGAUUGCUUACGGCAGCACCCGAGCUGUAUUUAAAAUAUAUUUUGCUCUUACGUAAAUUAUAUAUUAGCCAGUAAUAAAUGAUAUCAUUGGGUAUAUUUAAAAAAUAUAAAAAACCAAUGCCUCCAAAUCACCGUUCUUAAUUUAUCACUGAUAAAU